AUGGAUACCGUGGUCAGUUUGAUAUGGCUGUUCUGCCUACUUAUGUAUCUGUUACCAAGUCAAGCGGAACAGCCAGACAUUUCAAUACAUCUAUGUAAGAUACCUUUGUUGAGAUCAAGCUGGUCGCUGUGUUGUGCAACAAAAGACAUUCACUCAGCAACUGUCACAUUCUUCCACCAAUCACCACAGAGUUCAGAGUUCACAGAUGUAGCUGUUGUUAAACACAGUUGUGAUAGAAAUCCCAAUGGCUACAAUGUGACCUGUAUUUCCAAGGCCAAUGGUCAUCGUGACCUUAUUCUAACCAUUCUCAACCCGGACUUGGAACAGGACAUUGGAAGGUGGGGAUGUAGAUAUUACGGGAAAACGUCAUCCCUGGUGCUCCAUGAGACUCAAGUUUUGCUCCAAGAUGGAGGAGUCGUGUUGGCAAACAAAUCCGAAAAUGCACGACUGGAUUUUCUGAUACCAGAAUUUAAUACAGAACAAAACAUUACUAUAUAUAACCCAGAGGGAAUUAAAAUAGCAGCAAUUACAUCAGGGAUGAUUAACACAAACAUUAACAAAAUCAACUUGUCAUUUGAUGCACAGAAUAGGAUUGUCUCCCUUGUGUUACCAAACAUAACUUUGUCAGAAAACGGGACUUAUGUAUGUGAAGUUAAAUCCUCAUUGAACAGAUACGGAAUCACUCUUGUGAUACUUGAAAAAUUGGACAAACCAACCAUAACACCAUCAGAUGUUACCUAUGAAUCCACAUUGAAAAAGGUCACAUUUGGCACUCUGACAUGUACUGCAGAGAGGAAGUCUGUUGGUCCCUAUUAUUACACCCCUCAGAUCAAUAUUCACUGGAUUUAUCCUCGUCAGGAUGUUGGGUACAACAUAUCAAUCAAUGGAAGUGACCUGACCAUCACUGGGGUCAGUUGUAUUAGCAAUAGGUCACAACCUAUCUUCUGUGAGGCGAGAGAGAAGGGCGGCCCCUUAUCUGAUCGAUCACACUUCUAUCCACACAGUCUAUGUACAUGGAACCAAGGCACAACAGUGUCUCCAGUGAUCAUUCAGGGUGGAGAUAAAAACGACAGUGACCGCUCUCAGCUCAUUGCUGUUGGUGUCAUAGGAUGCCUGGGGUUUGCGAUCUUUGCUGUAAUGUUCUUUGCUGGGAAGGAGAAGGUGGGGCGGUGUUUAAGCUUCUGUUUCAGGAAGAUUUGUCGGUGUUGUGGACGUACAAUCUGUCGCAAGUGUACCAGGUUUGAUGACGAUGAAUUCUACUCCGAUUACAUCAGUAAUAUGACUCGUGACGCGGAUGAUCCUUAUUUCACAAUGUCAAGAGACAGAGGAAGUAACUGGCGUGACCUACUGAAUGUGUAUUCUCCUGGAAAUAAUACAAAUGUCACCCUCCCUCCUGCCCUUAGAGAGAGCCCCAAUACGGAUGAGAAUGAGAACGAAGAAGGAGGUCCUCAGGCAGCAGCUGUAGCAGCAAGUGAUGUUGUGGUGACAGGGGCGGAGGGAGUUGACCGGAGUGUGCUUAUCAAGGAAGUCGAACAUGGUCUCAAGGAGCUGCGUAAGACACUACACAACGCUCAGACACAGGUACAAGUGAGUCGAGAAAACCUGGUGCAGAACCUUUUUGACAUCUACACAGAUCCAAUGAUCGUUGACUCCUACCUACAUGUCAAGAUGGUGGAUGAACAAGGAUCUGAUUGGGGAGGUGUGAGUCGUGACUGUUUCACAUCAUUCUGGAAUGAAGUAUCCGAGGACUUUUUCCGCGGUAGCUCUGUGAUCAUUCCCUAUCUCCCACCACAUAGACUCGAGGAAGAAUAUAAAUUCCGUUUGCUGGGUCGUAUACUUGCUCACAGCACGGCCAUUCUCGGAUACAUUCCAGUACCUCUGUGUAAGUCUGUUGUCAUGGUAACCAUACUAGACACAACCACUAUUGAUGAGAGCACACUUAUGGAGGAUUUUUUGUUAUUUAUAGAUCAGACCGAUGCCAGAAUUGUUAGGAAAGCUCUGACAGAUUUUGAAUCACUAUCGGAUGAAGAUCGGGAUAAUCUGCAAGAUUUGUUCACUAGGUUUGACAUGGGGUGUUUGAUUCAGGCGUCCACAUUCAGAGAACAUUUUCUAAAAAUGGCCAGAAGUGAGCUUUGUAUAAAACCGCGAUCACUGUGCCUACUGAUUCGAGAGGGAAUUCCAGAAAUUCACUAUGAAAGGUUCUGGAGUCAGUUGACUCUCGAUCAUCUGCAAAUUCUCAAUGACAGACUCAAACCAACUGCUGAAAAAAUCAUUGCAUGCCUUCGCCCAGAUGAAUCUGAAUUGAAUUCUCGAACAGAGAAAGUGUAUGGAUAUUUUGUAGAUCUGAUCUCAAACCUCACUCAAGAUGAACUUGAGAUAUUGCUUCAAUUUAUCACAGGUCAGGUGUGUGUGCCUCGUCGCAGUAUUACUGUCAACUUCUCCGAUCUCUCCGGCAUAGAGAGACGUCCAAUUGCUCACACCUGUAGCUUCUCCAUAGAACUUCCAAGCACGUAUGAAUCUUACGAGGAAUUUGAAACAGAGUUUAGAAUGUUCCUUCAGUCAGACAUCAUCAGAUUUGAUAUCCAGUGA